AUGGACGCUUUGAUGAGUCGGCGCGAUCCUUUCAAGUUGAUUCCUACAUCACAGAGUCGUCAGUUACAAGGCCUGACCUGUACCUCAUUUAUCCCUCCCGGUCCGAGAGACUACGAGGAGCUUUACACCAAGCCUCAGUGGGAGCUGGAAGUCGCCGGUGCCGUGGCCUCUCUGCCCACUAGUCGCGGUGACAACGUUGAUGACUUGGAAUUGCUCAAUGACAAGAUCGAUCGAAGCGAGCUUCCGGCUAUGGUGUGGCUCUUCCAGCGCAUCUUCGAGUGGAUCGACUUUCUCUUCCCAUGGAUCGAGGCGGGCGCCCGCCCUACCUACCAUCCGAAAGAGUAUUCCCCGGCCAGGUUGAUCUUCAGCUCAUCACAGUUGUGGGAGGGAAUCCUCAGACCCCUCGCUACAACGUUUGAGAGCUACACGUUUACCGACAUCUCAACCGGUUUCUUCGAAGUAGCUGCAGAGGCCUUUGCUCCCUGGGUUGAUGAGAUGAUCUUUAAGCGCCUGAAUGCGGAAAAGGAUGUGAUUGAGCAGGGCUACCAGGAGAAGACGUACGGCUUCAUCAUUGCCUCCAAUGUGCUGUACGCCACAAAGACCUUGUCUGAGACGAUGCAGAACGUUUGUCGACCGCUCAAGUCCGGUGGCCAACUGCUUCUCCUCGAAGUCACUAGCGAAAUCGUUCGUGUUGAACUGAUGAUGGCCGGUUUGUCAGGUUGGCGGCUGGGAGGUGACGAUGGUCGACGACAUGGCCCUACCAUUACAAGGGACCAGUGGGAUUCUCUCCUGAAAGACACGGACUUCUCUGGUGUCGACCGUGUUAUCAGCGAUUUUGUCGACGAGCCCAAGUACAUGACAUCGGUCAUGAUCUCACAGGCCGUUGAUUCCGAUGUUACUCUUCUGCGCCAGCCAUUGUUGACUUCUGCCUGGGCAACUACUGUGGGUUUCGUACAAGGCUCGUUCCGACAAUCCAUAUGGCAAUCUUUCGGUUGGCCUCUGCAGAGGUCUAUCUACCAGUAUCCCCAUGUGGCUGUGCAGCACAUGAACUUUGAUGAUGACAUUACCGACACAUCUGUAUCAGUGAUUGCUGGAGCAGUCAUCAGACUCAUCUAUGCCGCGCAGAGAAAGUUCAAUGAUGAGAUCAUCUGGACUAAUGAGCCCGAGUUGUUGAUCAAAGAUGGCAAGCUCUAG